GCAUCACAAAACACAAUGAUAGAACCUUAUUAUUGAUAUGAAGAAUAAAGUGUGUUAAACCAACAGUGGCUAUACUUACAAACAGGAGCACAAGGAAUAUGACAGAUAAAGAAGAGAAUCGUCGAAUCAACCAUCUUAAAUUUCCUCGAUAUUCUGGAUGGUUGUACAAAAAAGAAAAUGUCUUUAUCUCUACGAAACUAUGGUGUGUUCUGAGCCAUGGAUAUCUUCAUUAUUACAAAGACUGGAGACAAAACUUCUAUACAGAAAAAAUAAAGCUGAAAGGUCUACAGGUAGAAGACAGAGGUUGGUCUUGGUACUCAUAUAGAUUCACAGUUGGAAACCUGGAGUUUAGUGCAUCAGAUCACACACAAGGGAAUCUGUGGUUUUCCUACAUGAGGAAUUCCAGUAUAGAUGGGACAGAGAACAUUGAGGUUGCCGUAGACUCAUGUCGUAAUCUGAUCGUGGAAACCCACCUAAGGUCGGACUACCCUCCUCUAAUCAUCAGACUACUGGGAGUCAUGACUAUCAGUAAAGACAACACAACGAGCAAAACAGAACUUUUCGAACUCUCAGAGUAUCUUUGUAGUAAAAGAUUUGGUUAUCAUCUACCUAAUCUUUACAAACUGGUUUUCGACGAGCUGAAAAUACAGUGUGUCACAAAUGAGAUGCUGGAGCAGUGCAGUCAGGAUGAUCAUGUGGAUGAAGGCUGGAUGCUGCUCUACCUUAUAAGGCGGUUACUUUGGAGAUUUGCUUUUGCUAGCAACCGCUUUGCUCUGCAGUUAGCUGAGUCGUGCUAUAUAAAUUAUCUGCUAUCAGAUUUGAAUCAUUUGUCCCAGACACCUCUCUCAGAAUGGAAUGAAGGCAACUAUCUUUUGUUUUCGAACUUGAAUUGUCUGCAGCAGUGUGCCCGCACGAAUCGUAUGAAGACUGCGUUUUAUGCGGCAAAUGCACAUAUCAUAAUUGGAAAUAUUCGUCAAAGAAGCAAUUCAAAAAAAGUGAAAAUGGCCACACUUCUUACACUUUCCCAUAUGCUACACGAAGAGGACUACCAUAAACUGAAAAUUGAUGAGGAAUUCAUGACAUACUUCCUCAACUUAAUCAAAAAAGCGGUUGAAAAUAGAAGUCAUUUUGUGGUAAUUUGUUCCAAUACUGGACAUUUGACUGAGAUAAGAGAAAUGUUUGACGCUUUCUCCAAGGUCUACCUAUUGAAAGAAAACCAAGAAGUCAUAGAUAGAAUUAACAAGGAAGACCUGGCACUACAUAUUCUUCAUAUUUUAGAAAGGGCUGAUAUUGACGAAAAACUCUUUGCUCUUCAAAUGAUGAAGUCUAUAUGUACUUCCAAGAUCGGAAAAGCAAUUCUUCAGGAUCAAUAUUAUAACGAUCUUCUGCAUGAAGUUGGAAUUCUUACGAAACACCAUGAUUUACAUCUGAGAAAACAAGCCGAUAUUGUAUAUGAGUAUCUCAAAAAAAGGGGAGAAUGGAAGAACUCUUCCCGAAAUGGAGCGGAGAUGGAAGCCCUCUACUUGCAAGCACUCACAGAAGGGAGUACAUUGGACAGAACUAUUCGGGUCAUGUUUGUGGGACACAAAGGGGCGGGAAAAACUACUCUUUGUAGGAGAUUUCUAGGCGAAAACAUUACAAGCAUCCGAAGCACAGAGGGUAUUGAUGUUUAUAUUGAAAAGUUUACUGUGGAUCUGGAAACUCGAAAAUGGACCAUUGAUAUUGAAGAUGACCUUUUGGAAAAUAGCAGAUCCAAAAUAGCUUUUGGAGUGAAAGACUUUGAAGAUUCGAAGUUUCAGGAAUCUGAUAUAAUUUCUGAACCGGAUGCUCUUCAAUCAGCAGGUAGUAAUCGCCAACUUGCUGAUGGUGUGGUGGAAGGCAUGGAUGGUUCCUCUCGUUUUAUUGCUGAUGCUGAUGACGAUAUUACAGAAAGUGAAAGAAAGGAAGAAAUAAAACCACCUGAAAUGGAAAUGACAAAAUUAACAGAGAAUGUUUCUACUGACAGAUCUAAUAGCAUACAUGAAAAUAUGAAAAUAAAUUUUGAAAUAGAGGCAAACGUAGACUUUCCGCAAAAGUUUGCUCACAUUUCAAUGUGGGAUUUUGCUGGAGAAGAUGUUUUCUAUGCGACACACCAUGUUUUUCUGUCUCCGGACGCAGUUUUCCUAGUCAUAAUUGACCUAAGUAACUCGGAGACGAACAAUAUGGACGAAAUUGAAAAGACGAGGUUUUGGUUGAGGUCUAUAUUAACCUAUGCAAAGGUUAAGGAUACCGGCGUUAGCUGUGGGUUUCGUUUACCACCUAUUAUAUUUGUAGUUACCCAUAAAGAUAAGUUACCAGGAGAAAGUGAGGAGGAAAAGAAAGACGUUGCACUUAGUUAUCUUGCAGAAGUUCUCAAUUUGUCAGAAUUACGAGGGAUAGAUCCCUCUUUCAUUCGUGGAAGAUUUAUAGUGGACAAUACCUAUCUCUACUACGAUCCAGAAAUAGAGAGACUGAAGAAUUGUAUUGUUGAAUCAGCCAAAGUACAACCCAACUGGGAAAAAGAAAUCCCUCUUCAAUGGGUGGCUGUUGAGCGUGAAAUCUCUGUCCUGAAAAGCAGAAAAAUCAAACUAAUAACAGUUGACAAGUUGAAAAAUCACUUGAAGAAUUGUGAAGUGACUUUGUCUACUAUCCAAAACCUAGAAGGGGUACUAGAACAUUAUCAUUUAAAAGGUUUUAUAAUAUUCUUUUGGGGAUCUAAAAGGUUAAAGAAAUACGUAUUCAUUGAUCCCCAAUGGAUUGUUAAUGCUUUCAAACAACUGAUCAGACCUCCAUGUGCUGAGAGAAAAUUUGAUAAUGAGAUUAUUCGAAGGCAGUGGAAUUUGUUGUAUGAGGAGGGGACACUUACUGCAGAAUUUGCUAAAGAAAUUUUCAAAUUGAGUGGAGAUGAUCAGCUUGUUGCAUUUGCUGAUGAUAUACUACUCAGCAUGGAGGAGUUGAAUCUCAUUGCUAGCAUGAAACCCCACUGGAUCGUCCCAAGCCUUCUGAAAAGACAAAUAUACACUACACUAGUGCAAGACUUUUUUGAUGAUCAAAAUAUUAGUAUCCAGAAAACGUGUGCUUAUUGCUUAAAGUUUAGGGAAGCUUUUGUCCCUGAUCCAAUUAUGGACAAGGUAAUUGCAGGUUGUAUUUCAAAGUGGACAAACCUUUAUUAUCUUCAGGGGAAGCCAAUUCUGUACAGGGGGCUUGUAUGUUUGAAGGUGACGGAAUCUUGCAAUUUGAUGUUAUAUUGCAAAGACAAUAUGAUACAAGCAAUGUUAUUUAGCACGAAUCAAAGUACCGAUCAAAGUACCAAUCAAACAUUUGGUGGAGUUGGAAAUUCUGUGCGAUUAUUUCUAAAUGACUCCCUUGAUGACAUAUUUAGAACUUGUUAUCAGGAGAGCAUGAAACCAAUUCAGUAUAUUCAGUGUAAAAUUAUGGAACCUGAAGAUUCCAUGCCAGUUCUUGCAGAUGAAAUAUUUCAACAUGAUACACGAUACUGCUGCGGCAAUAAAACGCUUUCACCUCAUCCUUUGACGUACCAGAACCUUCGACAGUGGUGGGAGAGGGUUGAAAAAUACGUUCCGCAUUUCCAAGAAAUCGAUGUUUUCUCAACACCACCAGAAUCACCUGACUCUGUCGACUUUGAUGCACCAAAAUUUCCCUUCUUGGAGGAAGAUAAGACGAUGCAUGGUGAUAAUAGAUUCAAGCGUUUUGUGGACUCCACGCUCACUGUCGAGGUUUGGGAAAAUCUCCAUACCUUGAGUCAGUCAGUGGGCUGUUUACAUUCCCCGUUGUUAAUUUCUACUGUGUUUCGAGUUGGUACAGCAUCUGUUAUGUCUGUAGCGCAUCACGUUAUGCAAAUCACAGAAAUUCGUGGUCGAAACGAUUUUGCUCCUCAUGAUAGCAAUAGAUUACUGGCCGAUAACGUAUAUGUUGAGUUCAAAGGAUCAAGAAAAGAAGCCAAUAAACAAUUUUACAUCAGAGGAAUCCAAUACCUUGAUCCUCUGAAAGAUGUCUGCGUGCUAGAAUUGCUAGUUGAUGACCCAUCAAAUCUUCCAACACCAUUCAGAGAAUUUUGUCUCCCAACAGCGGAUUCAAUCCUCACUUUCAUUGGAUUUGGUCAUCCGGGUCACAAUUAUAAGGCAUUUGAACCAAAAGUUACAGUAUUGCAUCGGAGCUCAAAGCGAGUUCAAAACUCUGUCGAAUGGGUGCAGAAACAUCAUGUUGAUCUCAAAAACAUUUUACAAUUAAAUGGAAAACCAGUGGAAUGGGUAGACAAUGCCUACUCUAUACUUGACAAUGAAGGUAUGGUCGGGUUGAAUUGUUUCAUGCAACAUGGUGCUUCGGGUGCUCCAGGCAUUACCAUGACAAACCGUGGACUAGCAGUGGGUGUCAUGCUACAAGGUGGACUGCCUAGAUUCUUCAUGGACAUCGGACAUUAUAUUGACCAGAUUCCGCUGGAACAGAGGAUUGAAUAUGGAAUCACAAUGGAUAUUAUUUAUCGUGAUCUUUAUCAACAUGUACCUGACCUCUGUAAAGAUAUAUUUGGUACAAAUUAUGGAUUUUAAGGGUGGAAAUCUUUUGCUCUUUCAAUUUAAGAAAUCGUUUCUCUGGAUUUCGAAAAAAGAGUAGGCUCACUGGGGGCCGCCAGAGAAACCAAAAACCUUUCAGAAACCGAUUAUUUAAAAUAA